UCACUUUCCUUCUUCUUUUCUUCUUCUUCUUCUUCUUCUCCUCUUUCUUUCUCUCUCCACCCAUCAAUUCAUUCUCGAAACACAACUCAGAUUCAACCCCACCAUUUUAUUUACCGUUCUGCCACUGCUUCUUCUCUUUAUUACCCCACCUGCUCUUCUCCUUACAUCCUCCAUUGCCAUAUAUAUACAUAUAAUAUAUCAUUUAUAUAUUAUAUAUAAAUGACAUACAACACACACAGCUUAAGCAAAGUAACACAAUAACCCUUUGAGUACUCCCGAAUAUUUUCUUUGAAAUAAGAGAAUGAAAAAGCUCUCUUCUUUUUAGCAUCAGAGUUCAGGGAGUGUUCGCUGUUUGUUUGAUGUGAAGUUUUUUUUUUGGCGAAGAAUUAUUGUUUUAUUAUUAUUUUAAUGGUGAUGAAAAUGAGGGUUAAGGAAAUGCACCCGCUGUGUUGCAUCUCGCUAGAGAGCCCCGGAAUCGGGGACCAGUCACCGGAGGCGUCGUUGACUAGAGCGAGAUCCUUACCGGCUGGGUUUUCCGGCGGAUCUGAUGGCAAUGCGGGCAGGAAUAUAGCGGGAUCGGAGGCCACCGUAGCUGGAGUACUAUAUAAGUGGACCAAUUACGGAAAAGGGUGGAGAUCACGAUGGUUCUUACUUAAAAACGGCGUGCUUUCUUACUCAAAGAUUCGGAGGCCGGAGAAUCUGAAUUUGUUAACAGCGAAUGAUGACGUCAGAUUGAUCGGAGAAAUAUCUACCAAUCGGCUAUCAAGGAUGGACAGCGGAAGUUUUCGGCGGAAGCAGCAGAAAAGUGUUGGCAUUGUUCAUUUAAAGCAGAUCUCGUCAUUCCGUGAAAGCAAGUCUGAUGACAGGCGAUUUUACAUAUUUACAGCUACAAAGACUCUUCAUUUGAGAACUGAUUCAAAAAGAGAUAGGGUUGCUUGGAUACAAGCUUUGGUCUCAACUAGGAGCCUCUUUCCAUUAAGAUCACUUAAUGAUAGUCUCUCCCUUGUACCAAAAGAUUUGUCUGUUUCAUCUGAAAGGCUUAGAAAACGAUUACUCGAAGAAGGUAUCAAUGAGAACCUUGUCAAGGAUUGUGAGCAGAUCAUGCUGUCGGAGUUCUCUGAAAUACAAGGGCAACUUAAAGUACUUUGUGAUGAACGGUCCAAUUUGCUAGACACAUUAAGGCAGUUAGAGGCAGCUAAUAUUGAAGCAGAAACAUCUGGAAUUACAGAUGGUGAAUUUCAAUUGAAGCAUGAAUUUUCGAGUUUAGGGCGUGGAAAGUUUAGUGAAUGUAGCACUACAGAAUCAUCUGAUGAUAUUGAGAAACAAGAACUUGAGGAAGUGUCAGAAGAAGAUGAGGCUUCAUUUUAUGAUACAAAAGAGUAUUUUACUGAACCUACUAUUGUUCGUGGGUCAAUAAAAGAAGUUUCUGGUCACCAAGAGAAACACAGGGAAUGUAGUCAAUUUGACAAUGAUGAGAAAAUGCAUACUGAGAAGCAACUUUAUAAUGCUAGAUAUCCACAUAUUCAAAGGCGAAAGAAGCUUCCCGAUCCAGUUGAGAAGGAAAAAGGGGUUAGUCUUUGGUCUAUGAUCAAAGACAAUGUCGGGAAGGAUCUCACACGAGUUUGUCUUCCUGUUUACUUUAAUGAACCAAUAUCAUCUCUUCAGAAGUGCUUUGAGGACUUGGAGUAUUCUUAUCUUUUGGACCGUGCUUAUGAGUAUGGAAAAGAAGGGAAUAGUCUUAUGAGGAUCCUAAAUGUUGCAGCAUUUGCUGUUUCUGGAUAUGCAUCCUCUGAAGGCCGGCACUGCAAACCCUUCAAUCCUUUACUAGGAGAAACCUAUGAAGCUGACUAUCCUGAUAAAGGGGUUCGCUUCUUCUCUGAGAAGGUUAGUCAUCACCCAACUCUCAUUGCCUGCCACUGUGAAGGUAGAGGGUGGAAGUUUUGGGGUGACAGCAACCUCCGUACAAAAUUUUGGGGGCGGUCUAUUCAACUUGACCCUGUUGGAGUUCUAACCCUGGAGUUUGAUGAUGGUGAAAUAUUCCAAUGGAGCAAGGUGACAACUGCAAUUUAUAAUCUUAUUCUUGGUAAAGUGUAUUGUGAUCACCACGGAACGAUGCAUAUACAAGGAAAUCGACAAUAUUCAUGCAAACUCAAGUUCAAAGAACAAUCAAUUCUUGACAGAAAUCCACACCAGGUUAAUGGGUUUGUUGAAGAUGUUUCGGGGAAAAAAGUUGCUCAAUUGUUUGGGAAGUGGGAUGAUAGCAUGUAUUAUACAAAAGGUGAUGGGACUAGCAAGACAAAGGAUAGCAAUUCCUCACCUAAUACUAUGUUGCUUUGGAAAAGUACCAAAACACCUCCUAAUAUUACUCGGUACAACUUAACAUCAUUUGCGAUCACUCUAAAUGAAUUAACACCAGGACUAAAGAUUAAGGAGAAGCUCCCACCCACGGAUUCGAGGCUCAGACCGGACCAGAGGCAUCUGGAGAAUGGGGAAUAUGAGAAGGCAAAUGCAGAGAAACAAAGGUUGGAGAAGCGGCAGAGAAUGUCAAGGAAAUUACAAGAGCAUGGAUGGAAGCCAAGGUGGUUCCAGAGAGAAGGUGAAAAUGGACCUUUCCGCUAUGUGGGAGGGUAUUGGGAAGCACGAGAGCAGGCAAAUUGGGAUGGCUGUCCAAAUAUUUUUGGUGAAUUCAAUGAAGAAUUUGCAGAAUCCUCUGAGGGAUAUUGAUUUUGGUUUAGAAAAAGUUGUCACAGAGUAAUCUGUGCACAUUGAUUGGUCAGUUCUUCAAAUUCCAGUCACUACUGGCAAUAACCAGGUCUGAGGUGGCAAGUUUUCACCGGGAGAAUAUGGAGCGAAAAAACUUAAUUUUCAGCUUACAGAGAAUGCAUAGAAUAGAACCUAUAGCAUAUUCCUAAUUGCCUGCUAUGGGAAGGGUUGUGUAAUGUAGCAUCUUGAUUCGAGUUUAGUUUCUUGAAAUGUACUUCUGCCAUUUUGAUAUUUAUUUGUAUUUCUUUGUUAGAAAUAAACAGGGAAAGGAAAAGGAAUUGUAUUAUUAUCAUAAUCCAAAAACUAGUUUAUCCAUACUCGUGUAAAUUUGUGCUGAUGUCAAAAUUGCGCAAGUUCCAUUGAUUUGUA